CGCAAUCUACUCGCUGCUAAUUCUAGAGCUUCGGAAGCCAAAGGAUAUGGAGGGUGGAGCUGGUAUGAGUGGCAGUGAAGACAGCCCAAAGAAAGGGUUGGGCGGCACAGGUUUGGAUCUCCCACUGAAUCACCACGGAAACUUGAAAAGUGCUUCCAGCGAUCAAAGCCUUGGGAACAUUCUUCUGGAGAUUAAGUCUUCCAAAACCCCUGCAGUUAUCAAUUACGGUGCAUCUUGGUGCCGUGUUUGUAGCCAGAUCCUCCCUACAUUCUGCCAGUUGAGUAACAAUUUCCCAAAGCUUUCUUUCAUAUAUGCAGACAUUGAUGAAUGUCCAGAGACGACUCAGCACAUUCGGUAUACACCUACAUUUCAGUUUUACCGAGACGGCGAAAGGGUAGAUGAGAUGUUUGGUGCUGGAGAAGAGCGGUUGCAUGAUCGCUUGUGGUUGCACUCCUAAAGACAUAUUUCAGGAUCAACAUAUAAUGUUUAGCUGUAGAAACAAUUUCCUGUAUUUCUUAAGCUUAGCAGGUGUACUUGGGUCACAAGCUAUCGGUAAAGUCCUUUUGUAA